AUGGCCCACGUGACCGUGCUUCAGACGCAGAUCCACCGCUGGUGGCUUGAAGAUGUGAUUUUUCGGGAGCACCGAGUUUGUUCCCAUCCUAGUGGCCCUUUUGUGCUUGGCAGGGGUCGAUCGUCAGAGUCCACGGCCACUGCUGGGAUGAGCGGGGAGUUGGAGCUCGAUGCCGCGCGCCUGGAUCCCAAUGGGCACAUCAUGCUGGGCCCGUGGAGGAACAAGGAAGGCAUCCCCCUGGGGCAUAUGCACACUCAGCUACAGCAGCUACACGCCCAGCGCACAAGAGACAAGCGCACGCUCACCGAAGACGCAAAGAAAACGCUCGAGUAUUGCAAGCGCUUCAAGCAGCUCACGAAUGAGUCGCAAGCAGACAAGGGCAAGAAGCAGCUGGUUGGCUUGGCCUACAGCCGAACGAGCCACAAGUAUAACAAGCGAUGCAGGGACUUCGAGGCGACCCAGCUCCUGAACCUCAUGCCAACGACCGCCGACGAAGCCAGGAAGCUGAUACCGACCCUCGAGAACAACACCUAUACGGAUUCGCUGAUGGAAGAGCUGUCGCAGCUGAAGAGGGUGCUCUGGGACCUAGUCUCCAACAACGAGACUGUCAAUUCGACAGCAACUUUUCGUCUCCUGAGCAUGGACUGCACGGCAGCGCCACAAGUCAUCGAGCAAAGGCACCUCAAGGAGCAGCUGAACUUCACGCCCUUCGACACGCGAUGGGUACCCCAGAGUGCCCGCUACGUGGUCCUGGGCCAAUAUCCUCGCGCGACGGGCUGCAUCCGCGUUUGCCAGCUGAACAAGGGGAAAAGCGAAAAGCUGGCGGAGACAGAACAGCCGAAGGGGUUCAAGUGUGGCACUUUCGGCGCGUCCUCCAUCGAGGAUCGGCACCUGGCCACUGGUGACUAUGCCGGUGGCCUUGCGAUCUGGGACUUGGAGAACCUCAAGAAGCCGGUGUGGAGCGUGAAAGGUCACGACCUCAUUGUCAAUGCCAUCGAUGGCUGUGGAGGCCUCGGCAUUGGCAGUGGUGCUCCUGAGCUAGUGACAGGAAGCAGGGAUGGGACCGUUCGGGUGUGGGACCCUCGCACACAAGAUCCAGUCCUUUCCCUGGAGCCAGUAGAAGGCGAAACGCCGGCUGAUUGCUGGACUGUGGCCUUCGGCAACUCCUACAACGAUGCGGAGCGGUGUAUCGCAGCAGGAUACGACAACGGCGACGUCAAAAUCUUCGACUUGCGCACCAACACCCUGAGAUGGGAUACGAACGUCCGGAACGGCGUGUGCCACCUCCAGUUCGACCGGAAAGACAUCCGAAUGAACAAGCUGGGCGUGUCAACGCUCGAGUCCACCCUGGUGGUAUAUGACCUUCGUACGUAUCAUCCUGAGGAGGGCUACGCGGGAAGGAAGGAAAAGGUGACAAAGAGCACGCUUUGGGGCGCACACUUCCUGCCGCAGAACCGGGAAGUUUUCGCCUCCUGUGGAGGGAACGGAACCAUCACCCUCUUCAAGUACUCCUAUCCUGAGGAGCGGUCCAUCAAGGACAAGGAGGGGAUAGAUCGGGGAGUCGCCGGUACGGUCGAGAUGCUGAACCAGAAGGAGCUGUCAACACAACCCGUGAUAUCCUUCGACUGGCACAUGAACAAGACCGGCCUCUGUGUCUUUGCGUGCCUGGAUCAGACCUGCCGCGUGGCCAUCUGUACGAAGCUUCGGCCUAAGUAUGCGGAUGCUGCCAGCAAGAUCUAUGAGAGUUUGUUUGAAUGCCUCACCGAAGCCGCAGUGGGGCUUGGCAUAUGCAUUGCCUGUUAUCGAUCCUAA